AUGCUGAUAGACCCAAAUGAAGAUAUCUUAGAUAAUGUUGAAAUCAAAAAACUGAAACCUCUGAAAUCAUAAUAAUAAAAUGGUAAUGUAUUUGAAAUUUCGCUAGUGAAGUUUCCUCUCCUGAGCUCAUUUUAUAUUAUGAGGUUCAGCAUUCUCAGAGAAUCUUUACCCAAUUACAUCAAGUAAUCUACGUAUUGGGGUGUACAACCUCAUGGCCUGAUCCUUUUGGUAUUUUGAAUACCUUAGAUUUAUUCGAUCAGCACUCUAGGAGGGUACCUUUAGGCGGAUCACGUGAGUGAGAUGUACAGCCUGGCUUUUAGGGUCUUGUAUAGAAAUGUCUGCCCAUAUGGAGUGCGAUUCUAAGCUGCAGAAUUGUAAAUAUGUAAAUCACUAGUAUCAGGCCAAUUCCAGUGACAUUAGACACUAUAAACACUUAAUAAAUUGAAACCUCUGAAAUCACAAUGGGAAAGACAAAAACUUCGCAUUUUAAAGCUGCUAGGAAAGAUAUUUAAAUCAAAUUCCACCAAUCAUUACCUUAUUAGGUCACAAAUAAUUGUUGAAGCUAUGCUUAAUACAAUUGUGGCCUUUCAAAUGAAUGCAUUGGCAUGAUAUCCGGAUAUGAAAAUCUCCAGAUGAGAUCAUUAUUCUUCGUUCUGGUGGUUUAUAAGCUAUUUCAACAUAAACAAUUUUUGUGCUAUUUCCAGUAUCACGGAUUAUUGCUCUUACGGCACCUUUUCCAUUUUUGGUUACUGCAGUGGGAUGCUUUUAAUAACUUUUCUUCUGGAUUUCACGAAAAUUAGGAUUCCAGCCCUUUUUAUAUGAACUCUGAAAAUUUUGAUCUCAUGCUUAGCGACAGUUCUUUACAUUCCUUCUAUUCUUGAACUUACAAUGAUUUUUAAAUACUCAGCUUUUAGCUAUGAUAAAAUUGAUGAAUUUUCUAGCAAUAUAGAUGCUUCAUCAAUAAAUUUUGGGCCUUCAGGAGCAAUCCUCAGCGUGCUUUUCAUUAUCUUUUUAAUUCUCGUGUCUGUUUUUUGAGAAUUAUUUACAGCGGACGUUCGGCACACUUUUUGUGAUAAAAAUUUGACUGCAAGAUCACAUUCUUCAGUUGACUUAAAGCUACUGGCUUUUAGGACGAUUUUAAGCUUAUCACAUGUCUUAUUUGGGAAAUUAAAGAUUGCCAAAUAUCAAGUUAUCUUUAUGAUUUGCUCGCUUCUUGUAUAUUUGCAAUUUUUAGUAAAAUUACCUUAUUAUAACAGAAUAGAAAACUGUAUUAAAUUUUGCAAAAUUUUUUCAGUUACUCUGUCAUUUUUAGCUGUUUUAUUAGCUACUGUAGCUGAUGAUGCAGGGAUUGCUUUUAUGUUAAAUUUCUUUAUGCAGCCUGUGAUGGCCAUGAUCAAUGUGCUUAUUGUUAACAAAAGAACCAACAUUAUUAAUUCGCAUAAAAUUACUUUUAAAAGCCAAUUUUUAUUUGAGCAAUCUAUAAGGCGCUUUUUAUGUGAUGCAAAUUUGGAAAACAAGCUGCAGGUGAUUGAUUAUUUUAUAGCUUGCCUAAGCCAUAAAAAAUUUAUAAAAGAUAAAUUACUAGUAAUUUGGGAGGUGAAUUAUUGUUCAUAUUCUAUAAAAGAUGAAAGACUUGCAAGAAUAAAGCUGACCAAGGCAAACUCUGCAAUUUUUACACUUGAAGGAUGCAUACAAGAAUGAAAAACUCAGAAAAAUAUUGACAAAAGAGACAAAUCAUCAGUGGAUGCUCAUUAUAUCAGAUAUCUAGAAGACCUGAAUUCAGCCAGACAAAUGGACAGCGAAAUAUGCUUUGAAUUGAUUGAUUUGUGAUCAGAAUUUUCAGACAAAAUCCCAGAAUAUAAAAAAAUCCACUUCCUUACAAUGAAAAGCUCAUAUUUAUUGGCAAACCUCAAAGGAUUUUACGAAAAACUGAUUUUAAAAUACAAGCAUAUCGAACUUUAUGAUCUUUAUAUUACUUUUCUAGAAAAUGUGCUCGGAGAAACUGAUCAAAAUAACGCAAUAUAUAGGCUGAAAAGCGGGAUCAGCCGGCAUUUAAGUUUUUCAACAGCUUAUGACUCAAAAUUUGGUUCUCAUGAAGAAAAUUCUGGUAUUAUGCUUGUCUCUGCAAAUGAAGAUUCAUUUGGUAUAAUAACUUAUGCCAAUGAAAAGGCUUCCCAACAAUUAAAAUGCACAUUAUCUGACUUAAUAGGCAGCCAUUUAUAUAACUAUAUACCAAACCCUUAUGCGUAUAACCAUGAUGAAAUUGUAAAAGAAUAUAUUGCUAACUAUAAAACAGAAGAAAUUGCUCACAAAGGAUGGUUUUUCCUCCAAAAUUCAUUGGGAUAUCUAAUUGAGUGCGGCCUACUGAUCAAAUUAACUGCAUUUCAUAAUAAUGCAUACUUUUUAGUCGCAUUGAUACCGAGAGUGACAAAUAGGCAAUUUGCACUGGUAUCUGAAGAAGGCAUUAUACAUAGUAGCACCGAACUUUUCUCUUAUUAUAUAGGAACUAGUCAGCCUAAUGUCAAAAAUGGCCCCUUAAGAUAAUGCCUACAUCAUAAUUUUUUUAGUGUUAUUUUAGGGUUUAAUCUUUUUUUUGUUAUAAUCCAUUUUUAAUACUAAAAAAGUAUAAUUUUAAUUUCUGUUUGAAAAUGAUAAAUUUAAAUGGGUUGAAAAUUACUAUAAAAUUAUGCCCUUAACAAUUAGGUAAUAAAAAAGAAAAAUAAUAAAAAAAGGCAAAAUAAAUCUAAAAUAUUUAAAAAAUUUCCUAAAACAACGGUCAAAACCUAAAAACAUUGGUUUGAAAUAAAUAUCCAAAGAAAUAACCAUUGCGAAUUAGGCAUAUGCAACGUUAUAGUCAAAAAUAGCUAUAUAUCUGAAAUUAUUCCUAGAUUAGACAUAACCUCUAUGAAACUUUUUGAGCCAAUUAUGAUUCAACAAAAUGGUAAAAAAUUCGCAGUGGUCCAUACAAUUAAUGUGCUUGGGGCUACAAGAAUCCAUAAGAUUAUUAUCGUUCAUGACGAAAAUGAAAUAAAAUUAUGGAAGAAUGGCCAAGAAAUUGACCAAAUUGAAUACUUUGAAAAAACACCUAUAGAUGAAGACGAAGAACUCAGAAUAGACCAAAAUUCUUUAUUGAAACCUACAGAUAGUUCCCAAAAUGUUAGAUUUCAAAAAACGAUUAAUUACAAGCUUGCAGAAAACGAUAAAAGUGAUGAAAAAGAAGCAGAAUGCCUUAGACUUCUUGAAGAAUCCAUGAGAGACAGCCCUCACAUACUAGAAAACAACGACGAAAAGUCAGCUUCAAAUGUACAAGGAAGCAGCAUGACAAGUUCUUCAGCAUGUAUUUUUUAUUUAGCAAUUGCAAAUAAAAGCAUCGAUAUUUUAUCUGCAAAACUGAAGCUUUUUCAGCGAAUUUUGCUGAUAUGUGUAAUUUUUAUAUAGACCUUACUCCCCACUCCGCGAGCGAACAAAAAAAUUUUGUUUACUCACUGAAGGGGUUUAAUUUUUUUGUUUUUUAAAAAUUUAUAUAUACAUUUUAUUAAAUUUUUUAAAAAAAAUUUCCGAUUUAUAAAAAUUGAGAAGCAAAAAUUAAUUUAAUUGUAAAAUUUAUAUUUUAAAAUCCAAGCUAUUUAAAAUUAAACAGAAUUAGCUAGAGAUUUUAUUAUAAUAAUUAUGACUUAUUAAUCAAUUUUUUUUUCGCCUAAAAAAUGCUUUUUCGCUCACAGAGGAUGGGUUUUUUGGGUAAAAAAUAGGAUUUUUCUAAUUGUUUUGUUCGCUCACAGAGGGGGAGCUAGCAAUUAUCGGUACAAAUAUAGCAGUUCUUGUGUAUAUUUAUCAAGUUACUAUUCACUCAAGCUCCCUUAAUGUUUUUUCUCAUAUGGGCAAUUUGAUGUUCGAUUUAGUAUACGAAGCUGAUUUAUCAAGGUCUAUAGAUGCUGCCAAAAAAUCGGGUAUUUAUAAUAUAACUCGAGAUACAGGAUAUCUCAAAGAAAAUAUUGCUGAACUGAUUUAUUUGAGAGAAUAUAUUUUAACUGACUAUGAUCAAUGAAGCUAUUGCCCUAGCUCUUCAAUGGUAGUAGAAGAUCUAAUUCCUGUGUGAAUUUUUGAGCCUAAACCUCAUAUAGAAAAAUUCAAUUUUUAUGAUGAAGUUGGUCUAUUUAUUAAGCACGGAGAAAGUUUAGUCAGAAUGGUGGAAAACAAUCUAACUUAUUCAAAUGUUGAUACCAAAUUUUUCAAUUUGAAUAGCUUUGGCUAUACUUUUGAAUUUACAUUAAAUGCAAUGCAAGGUUUGGUGGACUGUGAAGUGGCUAGAGUUAGAGAUAUUGAAGUAGAAAUAACAUCAUGGAUAUUCUUUGGACUAGGAUUGCUUGCUAUCUUUGUUGGAGUACUCAUUGCAUAUGUAGUAUACAUGACCAAAAAAUAUGAUCAGUUUUGGAAUUUUAUUAAAAGAGUGCUUCAUAAGUCUUAUCUUGAUUUAAAAGCAACUUAUAUAGAAAGGCUUUCAAAAAUACACGGAAUCGAUUACGUAUCAGACACAAGCCAGGAUCAUCACCGAAAUAAAAAGCAUUCUCAGCGAAUACAAUCAAGGAUUUACAUAAAAUACAUAUGAAGACUUUCUAUCUUUUUGAUAAUAGCCUCAUGCUAUUACUUUAUUUUAAAUUUUAAAUUAUAUGAUCAAUGUGAAACUUUUCUGGUGGACCGUCCUAAAUUAUUGCUAAAUCUUGUCUCGAAGCAGACAUUAUUAUCUCGCAUGAGUGUAUUUGCAAGGGAUACAAUCGCUCUUACAACUUUAAGAUGGAUUCCUACUUCUUAUGGAGUCUCGAACUCAACAGCUGAACUAAAAAAAAGCAACCUGCAAUUUAAAAAUCUUAACUCUCAAAUCAGAGAUAAAAAAUUUUUGAGGCUAAUGACAGAAAAUAUGAAAAAAAAAAUUUUUGAGAAUUGAGAUACAAAUAAUAAAUAUUUGAAGCAUGGGACUUAUUUGGCUUCUAAUAUCAUGCACAUAGAUUCUUUAUUUAUUUCAACCCUCCCUCUAGGUUUGUCUAGUAUAACUCAAUUUGGAUAUUAUAUAGGAAAUGAGACUGCUGUUCAAAAUUCAUUGGCAAUAGACUAUGACAUUAUAGACCAAGACACAAAGGAUAUUAUAAAAAAUCAACUAACUACUCUUAUCUUUGUGACUGCAGCAUUUUCUUCUGCCUUAAUAUUGCUAUUUAUAUUCUUUUACCUCCCCUUUAUAACGAUGACCCCCCCUCAAUCUUCAUGUCUACUGCAAUAAAAAUUUUUUCGAAAAAUCUUCAUGCCUACUGCAAUAUAAUAAUUUUUUAUAAAAAAAAUUAAUGAAAACAGCGCUACUGUAGGUGUGUCAAUGACCUUCUCAUCGAGAUUUGGACGGCUAUUGUCAUCGCUCGCCAUUUUAUUAAACUUAUCUAGCUAAAAAGUACGGAAAAAUUUAAGAUGCGCAUCGAAAAUUUGUUUGCAAGAGGAUUAGGAUUAAGAUUUGUUACAGACAGGCGCUAGCCAUAUUGAUGGCGCAGUCAUUAAAGACCUCCCGUACGGAAGGUUCUACUGCUUUUCGGCUCCAGCCCAGAGGAUCUAUCCCUCUUGUGAGUACUCUUCCGGUACCUUCUGUCUCCUCCUUGCCUUGGGAGUUUAGUCUUGAGUGGGCGGCUUAUGGAUUUCUGCGCCCUGCUACGGGCGAUUGGAAUAGCUUGAUUCCAACGAUCAGCUCUUGGAGUCUAUUGGAUGUCAAAGUGCCUUUCUUCGACAGCUACAGGAAAAAGACUGUUCCUCUGUGGCCUGGGCUGAAAUCCCAGUUUCUCGGUAGAGGAAUGCCUAUGGGUCCUCGGAUCCAAGGACGUUGUUGAGCACCUCCAUUUCCAAACACAGGAAAGCAGCCAAAACCUACCCGGAUAUACACUUCUUGAGCCUGCGUCUGAUUCUCGGCUCGGAGUCCGUCCCAGUUCGCUGUAGCCAUAAGGUCUGGACUGCUGCGCCAAGAGGGCAGGUUGACACGUGUCGCCAUUUUAAUGUAUAUAAUUUGUUGCAAGAGACAUGAAAAUUAUUAUUUUUUUUAUAUAAAAUUUUAUAUUAAAAAAUUGCAUUUUUGUUGCAAUAGACAUGAAGAUUGAAGGGGGGGUCAUCGUUAUAUGCCGAAAAGAAUUCGUUAGCAAAUCUAAAAGUGCUAAUUUCAAUUAUACCAAGCUCUCGAGUUGAUAUAAAAUGUGAAAAUAACUCUAGCUAA